UUGGGGCUUCACAGAGGUCACUUAGGGAGACCUGGUGGAGGUGGGCAGGGCUCAGACAACAGCCCUACUUGGUGAGGGCUCUGCCCCAGACUCUGCCCUGGGAAAGGGUGUGAUAGCCAGGGGAGCUAGUGUGCCCCACACCAGAGCUGCUGCUCUGGGGGCACCGUCAGCCAGGUGGUGACUUCCUGCCCACCAGACCACUUCAGAGGCCAAGCAGGGGCUGGAGAGCUGGGUGUUUUUAGUUUAUCCUUUAAUCCGUGUCAGCCAGUUUGUAAAUACCUGCUAGAGUUUAGCUUUGCACGGUGCCCAGUCGGGUUUCUGGCCUGAGCAGGCUGUCGUUGGGAGGACUCGGCCAUUGACUGGUCCGCUGGCAGUGCCAUCCCAAGUGAGCUGACUAAGGCCCCCAGCUUCCUUGUGUCCGGCCGGGUGUGAGAGCUCUGCCAGCUGCUUCUGCACCGGGCAACAGACUGAUGGAAAGGCGUCUGGGUCUCAGGCCCUGCCCAGAAGCCGCAUCUGUGCCGGGGUGCUGUGAUGGCAGGUCCACUCCCGUUUCCGUGUUUAUACCUCCUGAGGGUGGCAGCCGGGGCCACUCUGUUUUCACAGGUUUGAACUUUGUGCCAGGUACCGGGCUCGUGCCAGGUACCGGGCUCUUGCAAGGGCCUUGCCACUGGGGCGUGAAACCCUGCUAGCACAAGCCAGUGGGGCCCCCCGAACCUCCUGGGGGAGAACGUGUCUCGCCCGACACUGGUUCUGUGUGCAGCCCCUUGCCUGGUGCUGGCUCCAGCUCAUCUUCCUCCCUUGAAACAAGCAGGUCCAUAAAGAUAAGACGUCCCAGGCGGUGCCCCCGGGACCAGGAGUGACGCGUCAUCAUGUCUGAGGAGAUGUAAUUCUGACAGUCAGCAGGCAGGAGCCUCCCACAGCUCCCACCUUACAGACACGAUGCAGGAAUGGUCCAACUGUCCCCGCAGGCCUGACCCAGCAGGCUCCCCAGCUGCCCCAUCUUACCCGGAAGCUCUUCGUGGGUGGCCUGGACUGGAGCACAACCCAAGAGACACUACGCAGCUACUUUUCCCAAUAUGGAGAAGUUGUGGACUGUGUUAUCAUGAAAGAUAAAACCACCAACCAGUCUCGAGGUUUUGGGUUUGUCAAAUUUAAAGACCCAAACUGUGUGGGGACGGUGCUGGCCAGCAGACCACACACCCUAGAUGGCCGGAACAUCGACCCAAAGCCAUGCACACCCCGGGGGAUGCAGCCGGAAAGGACACGGCCGAAAGAAGGCUGGCAGAAAGGACCCAGAAGUGAUAACAGUAAAUCAAAUAAAAUAUUUGUUGGCGGAAUUCCUCACAACUGUGGUGAGACAGAGCUCAGGGAAUACUUCAAGAAAUUCGGAGUGGUCACGGAAGUCGUGAUGAUCUACGAUGCUGAGAAGCAGAGGCCUCGAGGUUUUGGAUUUAUUACUUUCGAGGACGAACAAUCAGUGGACCAGGCUGUCAACAUGCAUUUUCACGACAUCAUGGGCAAAAAAGUGGAAGUGAAGCGGGCAGAGCCUCGCGACAGCAAGAGCCAGGCUCCCGGCCAGCCGGGGGCCAGCCAGUGGGGUAGCAGGAUCGUGCCCAAUGCCGCCAACGGCUGGGCCGGCCAGCCCCCACCUACGUGGCAGCAAGGAUACGGCCCGCAAGGAAUGUGGGUGCCAGCAGGACAGGCAAUCGGUGGCUAUGGACCGCCCCCCGCGGGGAGAGGAGCACCCCCACCGCCCCCGCCAUUCACCUCCUAUAUUGUGUCCACGCCGCCUGGGGGGUUCCCCCCACCGCAGGGCUUCCCCCAGGGCUAUGGCGCCCCUCCUCAGUUCAGCUUUGGCUACGGGCCUCCGCCUCCGCCGCCUGACCAGUUUGCACCUCCAGGGGUCCCUCCUCCCCCGGCCACUCCUGGGGCAGCGCCACUGGCCUUCCCUCCGCCUCCUUCUCAGGCUGCCCCGGACAUGAGCAAACCCCCGACGGCACAGCCUGACUUCCCCUAUAGUCAGUAUGCAGGUUACGGACAGGACUUGAGUGGCUUCGGACAGGGUUUCUCAGACCCCAGCCAGCAGCCCCCCUCCUACGGAGGACCCUCAGUGCCAGGAUCGGGAGGCCCUCCUGCCGGCGGAAGUGGCUUUGGCCGAGGUCAGAACCACAACGUGCAGGGAUUCCACCCUUACCGACGCUAGGCAGCCCGCGGCGCAGCCAAGACCAACCGACGGCCCCAGACUUGUGACCGCGUGACAAUCACACCUGACGGGGCGGGGAGGGGCGGGCAGCAGGCUUCUGGAGGCGAGGCGCUGGGGGUGUUUGGACUGAAGUUUUUAACUAUAUUUCUUUCUUUAACCCAUCAGCACAAUAAAAAAAAAAGUCACUGGUUUAAACAACAGGGUUUUAAAAAAUUGUCUUCAGCUUUAAUUCAAAACUUCAGGUUUCUUUUUCUUCCUUUUAUUUUUUCUGAAAUUAUUUUCCUGAGCCUUUUGUGUUACCAUAUAUUGUAAACUUUUAUGUUGAGAGAAAAAAAAUAUACAUUUACAAAUUGUGAGAUUUUUAAGAGAAAUUUUCUACGCUGUAUCCUGGCUUAUUUUUUAAUUUAAAGCAGGGUUUCCGUCAGCACUGAAGGACGCGAGGGUGCCUGUCUUGUUCUCUCGCUCUGGCUUUGGGGUUUGGGACUUGUUGGUCCAGAAACUCUGGGAGCUUAAAGAAGAAGUCUACUGAGUGUGUUUUGUUUCUGUUUAUUCCUUGCUUUUGUCAACCAACUGACUGGCAGUGUUCCCAGGCACCCGGGGUCAGCUUGGGCUGCUGGGCCAUGUGUCCAGCCCGGCCCAGUUUGGACCCUGGUGGCGUGAGGCCUUGUCAGAAGCUGACCUCCUCGGGCGCGUGGUGUCAGUGUGUUUCCUGCUGACCAGUCUGACCCUGGUUUGAAUAAAGAGACGUGCAUUUGGAUUAGAAA